AAAGUCCCUCGAUUUUGCUUGCAUUCAGGUCACACUGUGUUGCCAGAUCGCAACUAAUAGCGAACAAAUAAUUCGCCUGUGGAGUUACCGCUCGCCAAAUAUAAAAUACACAUAUGACGGAAUUGUGAUUUAUUUAUUUUGUCUAAGAAUACGUUUCCCUUGUAAAUUGUACAAUUAACACACGCACAAACACACCGGCGUAAAAACAAAGGACUUGGCAACACGGACAGCAGCGGUCCCACCCUUCGCGAGUCGCGCGCAUCAGGCCUGAUAAGACUCCUUGUGUGGAACUGACUGGUGCUUUUAGUAGCUAGAGAAAGCAGCCGAAAGAAAUACAUUCACCAAGACAGAGGAGAGACUCCUGCGCGAAUGUUCAGAAUGUGAUUUAUUCCACUCCUACAUUCUGUCUGGAGAUGCAAAUGAACAUUCAGUAGCAUGCAAGCCAAUUCACAACGUUCAGCACGACUGCAAAAUUCAAAUGGAAAAGGAACUAUGCCUGGAAAUGGGACGAGCCAGAACUUUUACCAGUUAUGUUUACCACCUUGCACUGCAAGUCCCUCAUAUUCUGAACAAACUGCCACUGAAAACUACUUCACCCGCACAGUUCAACCAGCAACCAGUGAGCAGAUUUUGGAGCUUGCACAAGAAAAUCAGCUUAAUUCAAACCAUAUGUUGCCAACAGGAAAACAGGACUCUCAAAUUAUUCUGUGGAACAGACCCUCUAAAUGCCAGCUACUACUCCCUGUUAACAACACAAAUCUACAAGGUGCUCCUACCAAUAAUGGGCAAAACAUGUCACAUUGUGCCUUUAACUCAACUAACAGUUUAUACAUGCAACAGCAAACUACCCCCUCAUCAGUUGGCCCAAAUAAUUUGCAGCCGUUUAAAACGAUAGACAAACAAGGUCGUAAUGAAGCUAGAAUAAAAGCAAACGCAAGCAACUUUCAUAUCAGGCAGCAUUCAAAUGCUCUUACUAAUUUGCCAAUCGAUCUCUCAAAAACAAGGACAAGCUUGCCAUAUGACCAAAAUGAUUGUCCCCCAACAGAAACUGCACAUCAUGGCCCAAGUAGUUUGUUUGGUGGAUACCUUUACCAGUUGUUGUUUCCUGAGAAAUCAAACAAUGCUAAUGUGCAAAUGCUUUCUAACUGUGCACAGAACCUGCAAAUGAAUAAUGCUGCUCAGAAAGCUAUUGCCAUUGUCUCGCCAUUGUCUCCGAAAGGAACAGCACCUGCUAAUGUCUUAGACAAACCAGCUACUGUGAAAAUGAAUGUAAGUCAUGUGCAAGAGACUGUACACCAUCAUCCAAACAUUCCACAUCCCAUGCUAACAAAUGCUAAUCUGAUUAAACAAACGGGACAACAAAAUGACGUCUCAAGCAAGCAUCAACAACCACUAUUAGAAAAGUCAAGGCUGAAUGAUGACCAUUGCAGCAUAGAUGGAGCCAAGAGUCCAGUUUUGGCUAAUGAAUCAACCAGUCAAAGUCCCUGUGCAAGUUCGCCAAACCUGAAAUGUGUGGUCACAGAACAAAACAAGUCUUUUCCAGUUCAAAUGCAAAAUGAACCAUCUGAAAAGACAAAUAAAAACUGUACCAUCACAGACAAGAAAACAGUUGACCCAGACACGGUUCCUUUUAUUGAAUGGCCAUUAGAUCGUUUGAAGACCUUAAUAGCUGUAUUUGAGCAAAUGGAAAAUGGGCAUCACAAGAACAUGCACAAAAGUGAUCCUGGAAAAGAGAUCUUAAAGCUUUACUGGAACGGGGAUACUAGCAAGUUUUCUGAAGCUGUAGAAAGUGGCAUAUAUCUAAGCAUAAUGGAAGAAGUUUAUAUUUGCUCUCCAAUGAAUGAGCCUGUGAUACUGAGGCAAAUUGUAAAUGAUGCACGUAGCAAAGUCAUCAAGGAUUUUCAUGUUUUAAAACACAACGAAGAGCCACCAAACAUGGUGUACAAGUCGUCCUGGUUGAAUCUUAAUGAAAAUGUUGAUGACAUUGACAAGGAAUGUGGUUAUUCUUGGUUCCAUGGUUUUCAAAUGGUCCCUGAACACGAAGCGCAAAACUCAGCAUUUGAAGCACCAAGCAAACUGCAAGAAGCCACUAAAAAGCCAUCAUUGAUUAGUCGUAAACAAUUACCAUCAGAGAUGGAAAACAAAGUACCAGCAAUCAAACCAACUUCAAACAAUAAGAGUCUACAAGAAAACAGGCCCGUUUCAUUUAAUAGACAAUCUCCACCUAUGGCUAAUAGCAACUGCUCACCGAGGAUUAAUUGUCAGAUAACCAACAGUCAAACAACUAUUACAAAUUCUGUGGAGGCCAUGGUAGAUUUGGAUGAACAAGGUGUCCUGGUUGGAAAGUCAAGUUUGGAUAACCAAUUUGUAGCCAAGAUUGCUGUGUUGCCCAUAUCAGCUAGACAAAGUGUAUGUACAAACUCGCCAAACCCCAUUCUUGUGGUGGCAGAACAACAGAAGAUUGUGUCAUUGUCUCAAAUGCAAGUUGGAUCCAGUCAAAAUAUGCUUUACAAUGACUGUGCCGUCCUUGAUAAGAAUGUGAGAUGUGAGACCACUCCAAAACCUACUCGAGAACCUCCUGUGCAUAUAAAUGAAUUGGAGACUGACAAGACUGAUGCUUUAGCCACUAAGAUGACUGUUCUCCCUCAUGAAAUGGCUAGACCUUGCUUUGAUAAUGAGGUGAAAGGACAUCUAGUCGUUGAUGCAGAGAAGCAUGAGAUGGCUUUGUUGAAUACACCCCAAGUACUUGAGAUUACAGACAAAGUACAACAAGAAAAACAAAUCUCACAAUGUCUACAGAAUAAUAUCUGCAAUGACGUUUAUGAAGAAUCUCCUGUUUCCACGAAUGCUCUACCAGUGACUGACAAUGUCUCUCUGACUCUUAAUGAACAACCAAAUGCUGUUAAUCCACUGAAGGGCAUGAAAAAUCUGGUGAGGACACUGGAAAGACAAAAUGUUUUAUCGAAGUAUAAAAAGUUAUUUGAAAAACAUAGUGGAUUGAAAAAACAUAAACAGUCAUUUAGAAUCAAUGAAGAAUCAAUGCCUAGCUAUUCUCAAAAUGGAUCCAUGAUGAAUAAAUGUCAAGAACCUUCGUUUCAAAUCAAUGCUUCAUCUUCCUUAAAGCUUGAUAUUCUCACUCAGGAAGUAGCUAAACACUGCUUUACUGCAAAUAAAUACAUUGCCACAGCAAAGAAUGCAACUUUAAGGCUGGAUGACACUCUUUGUAAUCAGGCUAAAAGUCCAGUAUUGAAUGAUGGAUCAACCAGGCAAUCUAGCUAUGCAAGUCCACCAAAACUUUAUCCAGUGCUCACGGAACCAUAUCAAGUGCAAAAUGAAUCUGAUGAAGAAAUGCCUGAAAUUGACCGUGUACUCUCAGAGUCUGUGAGAUGUAAUCUUGAUCCAAAACCCAUUGAAGAACUUUCUGUGAAUGUGAAUGAAGAGGAGUUUGUGGAGAUGGAUGCUUCAGCUUCUAUUAAGAUUAAUGUUCUCCCUCAUGAAAUCGCUAAGCAAUGGUUUGCUGGUCAGUUCGUGCAAGAUGAAGACACUGCUUUAUUACCAGUUUGCAAGUCCAAGAGAGUAUGUUCAAUAAACUCUGUGUUGACUGAUGGAUUAGACAGCCUAGUUGGCAAUGUAAGUCCACCAACACUUCAACCUGUGCUUGCAGAAACAUCUCAGGUGCAAUCAGAUGAAGAAAUGCCUGAAAUUGAUUGUGUAGUUGCAGAUAUGAGUAUGAGAGAUGACACUGGUCCAAAACCUGAUCAAGAAUUUCCUGUGGAAAUGAAUGAAGGGGAGAUUGGUGGGUUGGACACUUCAGUUUGUAUUAAGAUGAAUGUUCUCCCUCAUGUAGUAGCUAUGCAAUGCUUUGCUGAACAAAUGAGGGAAGACAAAGACAUUGCUGUACCACCAGAGAUAAUGCAAAAGGCCUGUUUGUUGUUUUCACCCACAGACACCGUAUCAACAAAAGAACAGACAAACAUGUGGAGAUCGGAAGGGACUGAUGCUGAUAAAUGUCCAUUGUUGACUAAAGUACCAACAAGCAAGAGUACCUGGGCAAGUCCACCAAAUCUUGAUCCUGUGAUUAAAGAAUCAUCACAAGUGCAAAAUGAAUUCAGUGAAGAAAUGCCUGAAAUUGACUGUAUUCUCAUAAAUGAGAGCAUGAGCUGCAAAACUGAUCCAAAACCUAGUCAAGAACUUCCUGGUAACAUCGGUGAAAAGGAGACUGCGGAUAUUGACUGUUUAGCCUCUAUUAAGAUCAAUGUUCUCCCUCCUGAAAUUGCUGAGCUAUGGUUUGCUGGUGCGACAGAAGGUAAGAACUCUCAGAAAGACGCUACAGUUCAUAAUUUCACUGAGGACCAGGUGAAAGUUCAAGUACUGGAGCUCAAGUCUGAAAGUCUCCUAAAAGAUGUGAAGUCAGAAGAGCUGAAGUAUCCAAGUUCUAGUGGUGAAUCGUUGGAGUUUUACUGUUGUCUUGCUAAAUGGUUUCAAUCUCUAGAAUAUGGAAAUGGCUCAUUGUGCAUGUGCCAGGUAAAAGCAGAGUUUAAAGAGAAGGAGAUUAAAAUUAAGGCCCACAGCACAAGUUUAGAGGUGCAGACUGAAAAAGACAGUCCGGGUGAUUGUGAACGUGUGGAAAUGGAUGUUGCUCUUGAAAGAACAGAUAAUUCUGAAGCGACAGAUGAUUCUGAGUACGAAAACCCAUUGCUGCACGAUCCUAUGAAUAAGACACAAAUUGUGAAGGACAUGACAAAAUCUGAAGAGGUCUGUAAGACCGAAACUAAAAUUUCAGAGCAGAAAAGAAAUGAUUGUGCAACGAACAUGACUCUUAUGAAUAAGAUUAAGCAAGACACCCCAGCUCCUGAUUUGAAGGACAUUAACAUGGUAUGCCUUGCACUGUUUGGGUCGCAUUCUGAAAAAGGAAGCCAACUAAAGCUAACUAAAAGAUGCAAGGAGACUUCAAGUUGUGAAGAACCCCCUAAAACUCUUCAAGUAACCAUAAGCUCUCACCUGAAAGUUAAAAACAAGAGUGAGUCAAAGAAGCGCAAAUCUGUGGAAUCAGAAGUUGAAGAUGCCGCUGACGAGAGAAAGCGAAUACAAAGAGCAUCUUUGCAAAAUCUCAUUCAGCGUAAAUCCUUGCCCUCACUUCCUGUUUCUGGACUCUGCAAAAAUGGACUUUUCUCUACCUCAGUCAGACAACCACUCAGUCAAAGUGGUAAUGUGAAUGGUGACAUCCGUUUGGCUGAAGGAAAUAAGCGAAAGAGACGGUACAAGCAGACAACGCAACAAAUGUCAAUGAAUAAAUGUAUUAUUAGAGCGAAGACUGUGCCAUCCAAAAUGUUGCCUUUACUUGAGGAUGGGAAGAAAAGUAAAUAUGAGUUGAGGAACCCUGCUUUGAUGCCACUGGAUAAGGGUCCUGCUUUGGAGUUCAAAGUAUUGCCAGAGACAUUUAACUUUGAAGAUGGAGCUGAACUUGAAGCAGACACAUCACAAAGUAUACAAAAUGAGAUGUCAGACCAAAAAGAAAAAACUGAAAGGAUGAAAACUGGCAAUGUGCCAACCCAAGGUGUCUGGAGUUUCAGUACCUUGAAGAAAAAGUGCUCUCUGCCCAUCCAGGAUACUCAUGUCUCUGGUGCAUGUAGCCUCUUCCAAGAGUUCAAAAAGAAAUAUCAGGAAAAGAAGGACAUUGCCUCCAAGCAGAACUUGAACCCCAGUGAAAGAACUUGAUUUUCUAUUCAAAUAAAGCAAAUGGACUUAUUUUGUUAUGUUUACUUCCUGUGAAUGAAGCACUAAAGUGUUUACGGUUACGGUUUACUUGAACUUGAAUAUUUGCAUUUUGUUAUAAAUGCAUCAUUUGCACACUGUUCAUCCAGAUAAACAGCUGCUAUUCGUUCAAUUUUUAUGUACCAGUUUUAUACAUUAAGUACAUUUCCAAGAAACUUGUUUAUGAAUGUUUUUUAUAUUUUUUUAUUAUUAUUCUGUAUAUUUUAGUGUUUUGAUUGGAUUUCACCGUUUUGUAAAAAUUUGACAAUCUAUUUUUGUACUUUUUAAAGACCCUUUUAAUAAAUACAUUUGGUUACAAAUACAUUUAAUUAUGCUCCUGUUUCUUUUCUCUUUUUAUAAAGUUCUGCUAAACCAUGAUUCACCAAGGUCAGCGAACAAAUUCC